CGUUUCUUUUCUCUGUCCCGUACGUUUGUCCCGCGUCGCUCCUGCUGGGCCGGAGCUGUUUGUCGAGGCGGUUCGCAGCGUGUGGAGGAGUGGAACCCUGAGUUCCCGCAGCAUCGGCCGCCAUGGCGGAUGUGACUGCCCGUAGUCUGCAGUACGAGUACAAGGCGAACUCAAAUCUUGUGCUCCAAGCUGACCGCUCUCUUAUUGACCGUACCCGCCGGGAUGAGCCGACAGGAGAGGUUCUGUCCCUGGUUGGGAAGUUGGAGGGAACCCGUAUGGGAGAUAAGGCUCAACGGACCAAACCACAAAUGCAGGAGGAAAGACGGGCCAAGAGAAGAAAGCGUGAUGAGGACCGGCACGACAUCAACAAGAUGAAAGGUUAUACCCUGCUCUCAGAGGGCAUUGAUGAAAUGGUGGGCAUCAUCUAUAAGCCCAAAACUAAAGAGACUCGGGAGACCUAUGAGGUGCUGCUCAGCUUCAUCCAGGCUGCUCUUGGAGACCAGCCUCGUGAUAUCCUUUGUGGGGCAGCUGAUGAAGUUCUGGCUGUCCUGAAAAAUGAAAAGCUUCGAGACAAGGAGAGAAGAAGGGAGAUUGACCUGCUGCUGGGUCAGACAGAUGAUACCAGAUACCAUGUGCUAGUGAACUUGGGCAAAAAGAUCACAGACUAUGGUGGAGACAAGGAGAUCCAGAAUAUGGAUGACAACAUUGAUGAGACCUAUGGUGUGAAUGUACAGUUUGAGUCUGAUGAGGAGGAAGGUGAUGAAGAUGUGUAUGGGGAAGUCCGAGAAGAAGCUUCUGAUGAUGACAUGGAAGGAGAUGAGGCUGUUGUGCGCUGCACCCUCUCGGCUAAUCUCGUAGCUUCGGGAGAACUGAUGAGUUCGAAGAAGAAGGAUUUACACCCUCGGGAUAUUGAUGCAUUCUGGCUGCAGCGACAGCUCAGUCGUUUCUAUGAUGAUGCCAUUGUGUCGCAGAAGAAGGCAGAUGAGGUGUUGGAGAUUUUGAAGACAGCCAGUGAUGACCGAGAAUGUGAGAACCAACUGGUUCUGCUCCUUGGUUUUAACACUUUUGACUUCAUUAAAGUGUUGCGGCAGCACAGGAUGAUGAUUUUAUACUGUACCUUGUUGGCCAGUGCUCAGAGUGAAGCUGAGAAGGAAAGGAUCAUGGGAAAGAUGGAAGCUGACCCAGAGCUUUCCAAGUUCCUCUAUCAGCUCCAUGAGACUGAGAAGGAAGACCUGAUCAGAGAAGAAAGGUCCCGGAGAGAGAGAGUCCGUCAGUCCCGAAUGGACACAGAUCUGGAGACCAUGGAUUUGGACCAGGGUGGAGAGGCUCUGGCUCCACGUCAGGUUCUGGAUUUGGAGGACCUUGUUUUUACACAAGGGAGCCACUUCAUGGCCAACAAGCGCUGCCAGCUGCCUGAUGGGUCCUUCCGACGCCAGCGGAAGGGCUAUGAGGAGGUGCAUGUGCCUGCUUUGAAGCCCAAGCCCUUCGGCUCAGAAGAACAAUUGCUCCCUGUGGAGAAGCUACCAAAGUAUGCCCAGGCAGGAUUUGAGGGCUUCAAAACACUGAACCGGAUCCAGAGUAAACUCUACCGUGCUGCCCUGGAGACAGAUGAGAAUCUGCUGCUGUGUGCUCCUACUGGUGCUGGGAAGACCAACGUGGCCCUGAUGUGUAUGCUGCGAGAGAUAGGGAAACACAUCAACAUGGAUGGCACGAUCAAUGUGGAUGACUUCAAGAUUAUCUACAUAGCUCCUAUGCGCUCCUUGGUGCAGGAGAUGGUGGGCAGCUUUGGAAAGCGACUGGCCACAUAUGGCAUCACCGUUGCUGAGCUGACUGGAGAUCACCAGCUGUGCAAGGAAGAAAUCAGUGCCACACAGAUCAUCGUCUGCACCCCUGAGAAGUGGGACAUCAUCACACGCAAAGGCGGGGAGCGUACCUAUACUCAGCUGGUGCGGCUCAUUGUCUUGGAUGAGAUCCAUCUUCUACAUGAUGACAGAGGUCCUGUCUUAGAAGCUUUGGUGGCCAGGGCCAUCCGAAACAUUGAGAUGACCCAAGAAGAUGUCCGACUCAUUGGUCUCAGCGCUACCCUCCCCAACUAUGAAGAUGUGGCUACCUUUCUGCGUGUUGACCCUGCCAAGGGCCUCUUCUACUUCGACAACAGCUUCCGCCCAGUGCCUCUGGAACAGACAUAUGUGGGCAUCACAGAGAAAAAAGCUAUCAAGCGUUUCCAGAUCAUGAAUGAAAUAGUCUAUGAGAAAAUCAUGGAACAUGCUGGAAAAAAUCAGGUGCUGGUGUUUGUCCACUCUCGCAAAGAAACUGGGAAGACAGCCAGGGCAAUCCGUGACAUGUGCCUGGAGAAGGACACCUUGGGUCUGUUUCUUCGAGAGGGUUCUGCCUCCACUGAAGUCCUUCGUACAGAAGCAGAACAGUGCAAGAACUUGGAGCUGAAGGAUCUUUUGCCCUAUGGCUUUGCUAUUCAUCAUGCAGGCAUGACCAGAGUUGAUCGAACACUUGUUGAAGAUCUUUUUGCUGACAAACAUAUUCAGGUUUUAGUUUCCACAGCAACUCUGGCUUGGGGUGUAAAUCUCCCUGCACAUACAGUCAUCAUCAAAGGCACCCAGGUGUACAGUCCAGAGAAGGGGCGUUGGACAGAGCUGGGAGCACUGGAUAUUCUGCAGAUGCUGGGCCGUGCUGGACGACCUCAGUAUGACACCAAGGGUGAAGGUAUACUCAUCACGUCUCAUGGAGAGCUACAGUACUACCUCUCUCUCCUCAACCAGCAACUUCCUAUUGAGAGCCAGAUGGUAUCCAAGCUGCCUGACAUGCUCAAUGCGGAAAUCGUGCUGGGGAACGUCCAGAACGCAAAGGAUGCGGUGAACUGGCUGGGCUACGCUUACCUGUACAUCCGAAUGCUCCGGUCCCCGACCCUCUAUGGCAUCUCUCAUGAUGACCUCAAAGGAGAUCCCUUGCUGGACCAGCGCCGACUAGAUCUUGUUCACACUGCUGCUUUGAUGCUGGACAAGAACAAUCUGGUCAAGUACGACAAGAAAACAGGCAACUUUCAGGUGACAGAACUUGGCCGGAUAGCUAGUCACUACUAUAUCACCAAUGAUACUGUGCAGACCUACAACCAGCUGCUGAAGCCUACUCUGAGUGAGAUUGAGCUUUUCCGAGUGUUCUCCUUGUCCUCAGAGUUCAAGAACAUCACUGUGAGGGAGGAGGAGAAGCUGGAGCUGCAGAAGUUGCUGGAGAGGGUGCCCAUCCCUGUAAAGGAGAGCAUCGAAGAACCCAGUGCUAAGAUCAACGUGCUUCUCCAAGCCUUCAUCUCACAGCUGAAACUGGAAGGCUUUGCACUGAUGGCUGACAUGGUGUACGUGACACAGUCUGCUGGCCGCUUGAUGCGUGCAAUCUUCGAAAUUGUCCUGAACCGAGGUUGGGCACAGCUUACAGAUAAGACCCUGAAUCUCUGCAAGAUGAUCGACAAACGCAUGUGGCAGUCCAUGUGUCCUCUUCGCCAGUUCCGUAAACUUCCCGAGGAGGUAGUGAAGAAGAUUGAGAAGAAAAACUUCCCCUUUGAGCGGCUCUAUGACUUGAAUCAUAAUGAGAUAGGUGAGCUUAUCCGAAUGCCAAAGAUGGGGAAGACCAUCCACAAGUAUGUCCAUCUCUUCCCCAAGUUGGAGUUGUCCGUGCACCUGCAGCCUAUUACACGCUCCACCCUGAAAGUAGAGCUGACUAUCACACCAGAUUUCCAGUGGGAUGAAAAGGUCCAUGGUUCGUCAGAGGCAUUUUGGAUUCUAGUGGAGGAUGUGGACAGUGAGGUGAUUCUGCACCAUGAAUAUUUUCUGCUGAAGGCCAAGUAUGCCCAGGAUGAGCACCUUAUUACGUUCUUCGUCCCAGUCUUCGAACCGCUGCCCCCGCAGUACUUCAUCCGAGUGGUGUCUGACCGCUGGCUCUCUUGUGAGACCCAGCUGCCCGUCUCUUUCCGGCACCUGAUCCUUCCAGAGAAGUACCCCCCUCCAACUGAACUGUUGGACCUGCAGCCAUUGCCGGUAUCUGCUCUAAGAAACAGUGCUUUUGAGAGCCUUUACCAAGACAAAUUUCCUUUCUUCAAUCCCAUCCAGACUCAAGUUUUUAACACCGUGUACAACAGUGAUGAUAACGUGUUUGUGGGGGCCCCCACGGGCAGCGGGAAGACCAUCUGUGCCGAGUUUGCCAUCCUGCGGAUGCUGCUGCAGAAUUCUGAGGGGCGCUGUGUCUACAUUACCCCCAUGGAGGCUCUGGCAGAGCAGGUGUACAUGGACUGGUAUGAGAAGUUUCAGGACAGGCUCAACAAGAAGGUGGUGCUGCUGACGGGGGAGACCAGCACAGACUUGAAGCUUCUGGGCAAAGGCAACAUCAUCAUCAGUACCCCUGAGAAGUGGGACAUCCUCUCCCGGAGGUGGAAGCAGCGCAAGAAUGUCCAGAACAUUAACCUCUUUGUGGUGGAUGAGGUCCACCUUAUUGGGGGCGAGAAUGGGCCUGUCUUGGAAGUGAUCUGCUCUCGGAUGCGCUACAUCUCCUCCCAGAUUGAGCGGCCCAUUCGCAUUGUGGCACUCAGCUCAUCACUCUCCAAUGCCAAGGAUGUGGCUCACUGGCUGGGCUGCAGUGCCACCUCCACCUUCAACUUCCACCCUAAUGUGCGCCCUGUACCUUUGGAACUGCACAUCCAGGGCUUCAACAUCAGCCAUACCCAGACUCGCCUGCUAUCUAUGGCCAAGCCUGUGUACCAUGCUAUCACCAAACACUCACCCAAGAAGCCUGUCAUCGUUUUUGUCCCAUCUCGCAAGCAGACCCGUCUCACCGCGAUAGACAUCCUCACUACCUGUGCAGCAGACAUCCAGCGGCAGAGGUUCUUACACUGUACUGAGAAGGAUCUGAUCCCUUACCUGGAGAAGUUAAGUGACAGCACGCUCAAGGAAACACUGUUAAAUGGGGUGGGCUACCUACAUGAAGGACUGAGCCCCAUGGAGAGGCGCCUGGUAGAGCAGCUCUUUAGCUCAGGGGCGAUCCAGGUGGUGGUGGCUUCUCGAAGUCUCUGCUGGGGUAUGAAUGUUGCUGCUCAUCUAGUGAUCAUCAUGGAUACGCAGUACUACAAUGGCAAGAUCCAUGCCUAUGUGGACUACCCCAUCUAUGAUGUGCUUCAGAUGGUGGGCCAUGCCAACCGCCCCCUGCAGGAUGACGAGGGGCGCUGUGUCAUCAUGUGCCAAGGCUCUAAAAAGGAUUUUUUCAAAAAGUUUUUAUAUGAGCCAUUGCCAGUAGAGUCUCACCUGGACCACUGUAUGCAUGACCACUUCAAUGCUGAGAUAGUCACCAAGACCAUUGAGAACAAGCAGGAUGCUGUGGACUACCUCACCUGGACCUUUUUAUAUCGCCGAAUGACACAGAACCCCAAUUACUACAACCUUCAGGGCAUAUCUCAUCGUCACUUGUCUGACCACUUGUCAGAGCUGGUAGAGCAGACCCUCAGUGACCUGGAGCAGUCCAAGUGCAUCAGCAUCGAGGAUGAGAUGGAUGUGGCCCCUCUGAACCUGGGCAUGAUCGCUGCCUACUAUUACAUAAACUACACCACCAUUGAGCUCUUCAGCAUGUCUCUCAAUGCUAAAACCAAGGUUCGAGGACUUAUUGAGAUUAUUUCCAACGCGGCAGAGUAUGAGAACAUUCCCAUCAGGCAUCAUGAAGACAACCUGCUACGCCAGUUGGCUCAGAAGGUUCCCCACAAGCUGAAUAACCCCAAGUUCAAUGAUCCACACGUGAAGACCAACCUGCUACUGCAGGCUCACCUGUCCCGAAUGCAGCUGAGUGCCGAACUGCAGUCAGACACUGAGGAAAUCCUUAGUAAGGCAAUCCGGCUCAUUCAGGCCUGUGUGGAUGUACUCUCUAGCAAUGGGUGGCUCAGCCCUGCUCUGGCAGCCAUGGAACUGGCUCAGAUGGUCACCCAAGCCAUGUGGUCUAAGGACUCCUAUCUGAAGCAGCUGCCACACUUUACCUCAGAGCAUAUCAAACGUUGCACAGAUAAGGGAGUGGAGAGUGUUUUUGACAUCAUGGAGAUGGAGGAUGAAGAACGGAACGCAUUGCUUCAGUUGACUGACAGCCAGAUCGCGGAUGUGGCCCGCUUUUGUAACCGCUACCCGAAUAUUGAACUGUCCUAUGAAGUGGUGGAUAAAGACAGCAUCCGCAGUGGCGGGCCAGUUGUGGUGCUAGUGCAACUGGAGCGAGAGGAGGAAGUCACAGGCCCUGUUAUUGCACCUCUCUUCCCACAGAAACGUGAAGAGGGCUGGUGGGUUGUGAUUGGAGAUGCCAAGUCCAACAGCCUCAUCUCCAUCAAGAGGCUGACCCUGCAGCAGAAAGCCAAGGUGAAGCUAGACUUUGUGGCCCCAGCCACAGGUGGCCACAACUAUACCCUGUACUUCAUGAGUGAUGCUUACAUGGGAUGUGACCAGGAGUAUAAAUUCAGUGUGGAUGUGAAAGAAGCUGAGACAGACAGUGAUUCAGAUUGAGUCUGAGGCAUUCUCUCGUGUGUGGGGACACUGAACCUGGAAACAGGAAUAUGGACAGUUCAGGGGGAACUGGUUUUGGAAACCAGGUCUGUCAGCCUGAGGUCUGUCCAUUCAGGUUGCUGCUGUUCCCAGUUACUUUCCUACUCUGGACCAAGCAGUUCAAGCUCUGGGUCUAGUAUUUUCAAGUGUCAUGUCAAGCAUAAACUAUGUACAGUAGUUGGAGGCUUUUUUUUUUUUUUUUUUUUUUUUUUUUGUAGUUCCUUGAGUCACACAUUCUAAUAAAUUGAAAAAAAUGUUAUGUCCUAAAUUUUUUUCAACCAAACGUCCUGGCCAGAAAAACUCAUUUUAGCACUGAAUCUUCCUAUCAAGUAUGUGGAGGACAAACUUGCCCUCUACUGAAGGACAAAACAAUGUCAGACAGCUAACUCCUGGGUCAUGCAAAUGACCUCAGCCUCCUUUAUAGGUGUUGCAAAGUUAGCGGCAUGGCAGUAGGAGCUGACUCCAUCUUGGCCAACAGGUAGGGCUUCUCAUGACCUGUGUUCUGAAAUUCUUCCCUCCGUGGUUAAGAUGCACUAGGCAGGGCCAGGCGGUGGUGGCACAUGCCUUUAAUCCCAGCCCUUGGGAGGCAGAGGCAGGCAGACUUCUGGGAGUUUGAGGCCAGCCUGGUCUACAGAGCUAAUUCCAGGAAAGUCAAGGCUACCCAGAGAAACCCUGUCUCAAAAAAUAAAACAAAAGAUGCACCAGGUAGAUAUGACUCUAGUCUCCUUAAAAUGUCCUCUUACCACAUUCUCACACCUACAACUUCAGAUGUUUGCUUUCUGUUCUUCAUGAAUAACCAUGAAUCACUGUGAUUCAUUUUCUAGGCCAGCAGUUUUCAAAUGAUGAUUUCAAGACCCCUUACCCUUCAGAAAACUAAGAGCAGAGCCUCAAAAGCUUUUAUUAUCUAGGUUAUAUUCAUUGAUACUUGUUAUAAUAAAAAUUAAGGCAGUCCAUUUCAAAAUAACCUCAUUAACAUAUUUUAGGAAAAAUAAAUUCUUGAGGAAGAAUAGCAUGGUACAGUGUUGCAGUCAUUUUACAUCCUUUACAUAGAAGCCAGUUAGGAUCUUUAGCCACUUCUAUGCCCAUCUAUUGUGUGCUCGAACUGAAGCAUGUCAACUUCAGAGAAAAGAGUUUUCAAAUAACUGGCUCUCCAUUGCUACUAUGCAAAACUGAAUGUGAAAGUUUCCUAGAGGCAAUGUAGGGUCUACAGCUGCAUCCAUGCAUCUUAUACUAUUAAACCUACUACCCCAUCUUAGAGUCACUGUCCGAAUAUAACAUUUUCCAAAUGACCCAUGUAACACCAGUACAUGGGUCAUUUGGAGAACGACCUAUGAAAUUCCACAGAUCUCAAGAUGUUCAUGCAGUUCACUACUCAUUUGCUAAUUUCAUUACCACUAAAGUUUGUUACAAGUUUUCAGAAAUUCUGUCUUUUAAACAUUUACCAUUAGCAGUGAACACUUAGUGAAAGGUUCAAUGUGUUCAUUUUUCAGAAACACAGCUAAAGAGCCAAGCCUAAAUACUGUAAUUUCCUAGUUCUGGUAAAGAUGGCAUGCCAUGAAUAGCUAACUUGGCUUGUAACAACGUCCAACUGCUUUUCCUUAAGACCAUCUUACUUGUAGAGGGGCUAGAUGGAAUUUUCUCAUUUGUCAGUAUGAGAAGUGUUCUCAGGGGUCAGUGUUUAAUAAUAAUUAGUCCUCUUUCUUGUCUAAGAAGCUAGCUCCGUUCCUACUGUGGGAACAAGACAGCGAAGACUGAUGGCUAUCUAACUGGUGCCACUCCUGGACCAUGUAAGGUGUUGACCCUGCAAGGGACCUAGGACUCACAGGGAUCUGCAGAUUACUCUAGCCACUACUGUUCUGGAUACUGUUUCUGCUGUCUUUCAAAAAAAAGCUAGUCACAAUUGUACAGUGCCAAAAAUUAAGUGAAGGCUCCAGCUUUGGAGACAACCCUCACCACUCUUUAGAAGGCUUAUUAGACAUUAAUUACUCUUUUCCCUGAAAAACACCACAUUGGCAGCACACACAUGCCAUAGUCUUUUACUUGUUUUUUUUUUUGAGACAGGACCUCUGUCUACUUGGCUGUCCUGGAACUCAUUUUGUAGAUCAAGUUGGCCUCUGCCUCCUGAGUGGUAGAUUAUAGGUGUGUGUCACCACACCCAGCCUGCUGAUGUUUUUUUAGAGGGCCACAAGCUAUUGUCUAAAUGUUUUCUGCCCUUUACUGAAAAUCAAUUCUCUCUUUAGGGGAGUUCAGUUGCCACCACAGCAUAAUGUCUCAAGAGGCAUAUGAGGGUUUCUAAGGAAGAGCAGAGGUGUUCUUUUACUCUGAACAAACUUUGAACGUAACUGUUUUUUGAGAAAGGGUCUUGUAUAGUCCAAACUAGUUUGAAACUUGUUAUGUAGCCAAGGAUAACCUUGAGCUUUUGAUCAUCCUGUCUUUGCUUGAGUGCUAGGAAGACACCAUAACUGGCUUGCAUGUCUUAAAUGCAGGGACUUCUCUUAGAAAUUGGGAAGGAGGGACCCAUUUAAACAGUGGAAUUAUAAAUGAUAAAUGACCUUAUUUAUAAAAUAGGAAGUGGGGCACAGGUGGAUUAUUUCUAUAAAGCUCAUAAUUUCAGAAAGCUUUCAAACACAUUUUCCUAUAUACAUACAUAGUGAUUAUAAAUACUCUAUUUACCCCCCAAAUGUAACACCAUGCCCUAAAUAAAGCAAAAUUUGUAACACA